AUGGUUAAAUCCACCCCCAACAGUGUUGGUACCAUAGAUUGUGAUUUUCCCGCGCUUGCUUCUUUCGGCAACGGAGAGAACUAUACUGGAGCUUCCUUGUUUAAAGGAGAGGCUCUUCCAGCUCAGUUGUUGCCGUUUGUUCGCGCGGGAAAGGCUAGUAACAAUGCUACUUAUGGGAAAUAUUGUUUUCCCGAAACAUUAACUCCGGAGAGGAUAAAGGGGAAGAUUUUUAUGUGCGAGGAAGGAGGGAAUGAUAACGUUGAAAAAGGGGAGGUGGUGAAAGCUGCUGGUGGACUCGGGAUGAUUAUUGCGAAUGUGCCGGAUUAUGGAGAAGAGCUUCUGGGGUAUGCUUUUAAUUUACCGGCGACUACUGUGGGACGGAAAGCCAGUGACAUUAUCCGCCACUACGUCAUGACGGAUCCGAAUCCCACCGCUUCGGUUGUGAUCCAAGGAACUGCCGUCAACGUCCAGCCGUCUCCGGUGCUUGCAGCUUUUAGCUCGCUAGGACCUAACUCGAUAACGCCAAACAUUCUCAAACCGGACUUGAUCGCUCCGGGAGUCAAUAUCCUCGCCGCAUGGACCGGAGCUGUGGAACCUUCCGGACUAGCUUCUGAUACUCGCCGUGUGGAAUUCAACAUCAUCUCAGGAACGUCCAUGUCUUGCCCUCACGUCAGCGGUUUAGCGGCUCUUCUCAAGUCUGUGCAUCCCAAAUGGAGCCCCGCGGCGAUUCGAUCGGCUCUCAUGACCACUGCUUGCAAUACCUACAGUGACAGACAACCAUUGCUUGACAUCGCUACUGUAGAACCUUCAACACCAUUUGGGCACGGUGCAGGACACGUGUCACCAACGACAGUCAUCAGUCCAGGACUCAUCUACGAUCUAACGACUCAGGAUUAUAUAGAUUUCCUCUGCGCAUUGAAUUACAAAUCGUCACAGAUAACAAAAGUGUCGAGAGGCAGUUACGCUUGCGAUUCAAACAAAACGUACUCCGUCACUGAUCUAAACUAUCUGUCGUUCGCCGUAAACGUCGAGGGCUCCAACACGUACAAGUACACCCGCACUGUCACGAGCGUGGGAGGAGCUGGGUCAUACUCGGUUAAAGUAAUCUCGGAGACAACAGCAGUUAAGAUUUCGGUUGAACCGCCGGUUUUGACUUUCAAAGAAGUAAACGAAAAAAAAUCGUAUUCGGUAACAUUUACUGUUGUUUCGUCUAAGCCGUCAGGGUCUAACAGCUUUGGCGGCAUCGAGUGGUCAGAUGGGAAACACGUGGUGGCCAGUCCCGUGGCGAUUAGCUGGACAUAG